GUGACGUGGACCUUCAUUGAGCAGUCGGAGCUGACAGAAACACUUUUCUUUCUUACUGAAGUUUCACCACAUUUACCAGUGGAAACGUCUCCGUGUCCGUGUGUCGACCGUGAACAUCGAGAAGAGUAUUUCUCCGGGUUUCGCAGCAGGGUUCAGACGGCAGGAUGAGUAAAAACAGCCGGGUGUUGAACCUGAGGGAUAAAGUGAGCGGUAACGAGGCGGACCUGAGCCUGUGUAACCUGAGCGAGGUCCCAGCCAGGGAGCUGGCUUCAUUCCCCAAAGCAACUGUUUUGGACUUGUCCUGCAAUAACAUCACCUGCCUUCCUCCAGAGUUCUGCAGCCUGACCCACUUGGUGAAACUGGACCUGAGUAAAAACCAGCUGACCUCUCUGCCAGACGACCUGGGAAACCUGGUGGGCCUUCAGCAUCUGGACCUGUACAACAACAAGCUGGCGGCCCUGCCUGUCAGCUUCUCCCAUCUCAGGAGUCUGAAGUGGUUGGAUCUGAAGGACAACCCGCUGGAACCCACCCUGGCCAAGGCAGCAGGAGACUGUUUGGAUGAGAAGCAGUGCAAACAGUGUGCCAUCAAGGUACUGCAGCACAUGAGAGAAAUUCAGGAUGAGGUCGAUCGUGCACGAGAGAAGCGUCUUUUAAGGGAAAAAGAGCUGGAGAAGAAGCGGGAGGCGAAGCAGAGGGAGCGGGAGGCCAGAGAGAGGGAGGCUCGUAAACGGGAGAAGGCGGAGGAGAAGGAGAAGAGGAGGAAAGAGUACAACGCUCAGAUGGCGGCCCAGGCUGCGCAGGAGCAACAGAAGAAGAAGAGCGAGGAGAGGAAGAAGAAGAACGGACAGGCUGCAGAUAAAAAAGUGGUGGUGGUGGCGCCACCUAAACCCCGGAGGUCUGUCCUCGGCCUGAUGUUUAAGCUGCUGCUGGUGUUGGUGCUGGGAUUGGCUGCUGUCGCUGCCGCCUGCCGGCUGACUGACCUGCAGAGAGAAGCCUUCUGCAUGCCCGUCAGCCUCGCCGUGGACGACGGCGUAGCCUGGGCCCGAACGCAGGAGGCCGUGCUCAGACAGCUGGUGCAAAACCUGUCCACGGCAGCAAGAGAGCUGCUCGAAUCCACGCAAACCGCCAAGAACUAAACCCCCGCGCGCAUCAGAUCCCAGAGGUGCAGGAUUUCCAACCUCACCUGCGAGUCCUGCGGUUUUCUUUCCUUUCUUUUUUUUUUAAUCACGCUUUAAUCAUGCAUCUCAUUAAAAUGGGCAAAUGCUCCCCCUCACCCGGUCCGUGGGGCUGGGAGGUGAACUGUGUGCACAGAUGGACAUUUGUUGAGGGAGAGAUGUUAAAUCAUCUUAAAUUCCUAUGGAAUUGCCAUUCUUCUGCCCUCUUUGUAAUACAGAUUGCUUUUUUAAAACUAAGUAAUCAUCCUAAA